AUGAAGAAACCUGGAUUCACCAACCUAACUGCCCUGACCACCCUUUACGUUGGCUGCCCCAUGAACCAUCUGCGCCUCUCCAUCCUGCUUCACCUCCCACGACUCGCUCACCUGUCCACCUCCGCCCCUCUCCAGACUGAUCUGUUGGCUGAUGCUGCAAGCGUGACACUGCGGGCUUGCCUGAAGUCAUUCAGCUUUUUCAAUCUGUGUCCUGUAUUGGACAGCAUCUUCUCGUUAACAUCGCCAUUUACUGGGCUAGAGGAGCUGCUGAUCAGCUUCUGCAAUGGGCCGGAGAGCCUUCCACACCACAUUGGAGACCUGCCAGCAGGGUUCUGCCGCCUCACAGCUCUCAAGGCGCUCUCCUUCUCAAGAUUGCAGCAUCUCGUCUUGCCCGAGGACGUUGGGGCUCUUGGACAUCUUGAGGCUCUCAAGUUGCAUGACUUCCAGGACCUGCCCCUUCCGGCUUCCUUCACCGAGUUAUCUUCCUUGACGAGCCUUGAGCUGAAUCGAUGCGGUGGUAUCCAUCUUCCGGAAGCUUUGGGAGAGCUGAGCAGCCUACUGGAGCUGAAGUUUGUUGAUCUUUCAAUCAGCACGCUUCCUAGCUCGCUGACAUGGCUUACAAGACUUGAGGCAUUGGAGGUCAGAGGGUGCAGCUGGCUCUCAGAAGUACCCUCAAGGCUGGAUACGCUCGUGAAGCUCAAGAGGCUCGAAAUGUUGGCAUGUCCGCAGCUGAGUGAACCCUGUGCUGGUUUGCCCCCCUCUCUUGAGAGCCUCAGCUUGGGGCCCUUCAAGGAAGGCUCUUUUCAUGUGGUGGACAUCUCGCACUUGACGCAGCUGAGGGUGCUGAAGCUCAACCGCAUUGGGGUGCAAUGCGGGCCUGCAGUGAGCAGCAGAGUUUUGUGUCUGCAGCAGCUGGAGCAGCUGGAGAUGCAUGUGGAAAGCGGCAAUCAGCAGCUUCCAGUCCCCCUCACCUUUCUCCCUCGCCUGCGCAGCUUGCUCAUAGAUGCACCAGGUGUAUGCAGUCUCCCGGAAAACAUGGGGGCAGCGUUGUCGCAGCUGCGACAGCUGCAGCUUCUGUCAUGGUCACAGGAGGAGCUGCCAGGCAGCAUAGUCGGGAUCAGAAAGCUGACGUCGCUUAAGCUUCGUGCACCUCGGCUGGUGGCGCUACCUCAGGGCAUGAGCUGCUUGGCUCGGCUGCGAAAAUUGGAGCUGGUUGACUGCGACACCUUGCAGCACCUCCCUGAAUGCCUCACCCAGCUGCACCACCUCAUACUGUGGCACACCCCCAUCCGCUCCCUCCCUGCGAAUCUCGUGCAGCUAGCUGAACAGCCUUGA